UGAAACCGUGCAAUUGUUAGAAAAACGGCUAGAAGAAAAGGAUGUGUACUGUACUGAAUUAGAAGCAAAGUUAGAACGAUUUACUAAAGAUGAAAGUACAAAUCAAUUGCGGGAAGAGCUUGAUGAUCGAGAUUUUAGAAUUACUCAACUUGAAUCAAAGGUGAAUCUUUUAGUCGAAGAAGUUGAUAAGCUUCGAAAUAUGGAUGGCUUUCAGUAUCAAACGGAAACGAGUCAUUUGGAUUUAACUUCGGCUUCUUCUUCAAGUUCUGGCACUUUUUUACAUUAUGAUGAAAGCAGCUAA